UGCUGUGCUGUGCUGUGCUGCUAACUUGCCCCCCUCCGCUCCAGCACGCCGCAAGCGACAGCUCGUCCUUCUACCUGCCGUCAGCACCCGCAGCCAUGGCUGACCCAAGAACACGACAGAUUAAGAUCAAAACCGGCGUUUUGAAGCGGCUGGCCAAAGAGGAGGCGUCCUACAAGGCGGAGGCCAAGGAGCAGGAGGAGAAGAUUGAGCAGCUGAAAGCAGCCGAGGCCGACGUUUACCUCAUCAAGCAACACAUGGCGAGCUUGCAAGAGACCAUCAUGAUAAUCCCGGACACCCGACGUCGCAUGACCAUCGCCCACGGCGACCUGCAGCAGUUGCUGGAAGCGGAGGAGGAGUUGUCGGAGUCAGAAGAAUACCAAGAAGCCAAAAACGUAUUGGACUCCGUUAAGCUGGACGUGUGAGGUCUUGCGUCAAAUAUUCAUUCCCCGCUUUCUUUUUUUUUUUUUUUUUUGCCGUCUUGUUGUUCUGAUGAUGUUGCCACAUAAAUACACUGACUGCAGUGACUGCAACAUCCAUCCA